AUGGAGCGUGUCUCUCUUUCUCAGUUGACUGAAGCAACUGCGCUCAGCUCCAGUCCUCCUGCAGCAUCCGAUUCCGACAAAGAGAAUCCUCGAAGUGCCAACAAAAGACAUAACGCUCGGAUGGCAUCCUCGAAUCAACCUGCGAAGCGCCGGCGUUUGACCGACCGCACGUCCAAUAUGCAGUCGCAAGCCCCACCAUCGACGCAGCGGAACGAUAGCAAGAGAUGGUACGAUCCUGACCAGAAUGAGGAGGAACGGAGACAAACACGCAAAAAAUACAGAGAUUUGACCGGUGAUUUUAAUGACUCGCGAGCCGAGUUCCUGCAGGCAGGAAACAAUGGUAUCUACGAAACAGUGGAGAAAGCGAACCUUCUUUACCAGAAUGUGAAACAGACAGCCGACGCCACCCUCGAUUCGCGCCUUCUCGUCAACGCCGCCGAUCUCACGAAUAAGAAAGUCUCGCAGACUGGGGAUAGUAGCGCUGGUAUCGACGUGGAUGAGUUCAUCACCAGGUGCUGCAAUUUCAUGCGCGCUGGACCAGACAGCUCGGAGACCAUACCCAGCAACACCCAGAACCAACGACGUCACCACCGAAGCCAGAGAGAAGCCGAUAGCGACGACGAGGAUGGCACUGCGGGCGAUGCAUUUAACUGGGACUGGCUUGGUCGGGCAGCUUGUCUUCCCCAUAAUGCGAGACCCUCGGUAUCUGGAUGGCUACUCGGGCCUUUGUCAGUGCAAAAGCGCACGCGGCAGAUGACCCAGCGGGCCAGGGUCGAGCGUUUCGACGCAACACAGGCGGUUCGACCACAGGAACUUGAACAGGAAGAUCUGGGGGAGCAGGAGAACGCUAACCUUACUGAGACGUGUCAGAAGGUCAACAAAUUGCUUUACGAGUCUUCAGAGGCGGCUACCCAAAAGGUCAACGAGGAGCUGACGGCGGUCGAGGAACCUAGCGAGGAAAUGAUUCAAAAGGUUAUGGAUGAGCAUGGUAUUUCUGAGAGCGCUGGCAUGAAUCUAUUCCGCUUUUGCAUCGAUCCGCACUCGUUCGGACAGAGUAUCGAGAACCUGUUCUAUGUUAGCUUCUUGGUUCGCGACGGGACUGUUGCUGUCCAGAUGGACAGUCGUGGCAUUCCAUAUCUCAUUCCAUCCACGCCAUAUGCGCCUAGUGAGGCCCAGAAGAGGAAGAUCCAGAAGCACCAGGCCGUGUUCAGCUUGGACUUUGAUAUCUGGAGAGAGCUAAUCGAUGUGUUCGAAAUUAAAGACCCGAUUAUCCCUCACCGCGAGGAACAAGAAGAGGAGACUGGGCGAGGAUGGCAUGGCUAG